CCAUUUUGGCCCAAGCUUCCGCAGUUGGUUGCAACUUGGAAGUCGCUGGCGACCCCGCCUUCUGCAAGCAUCGAGAUGGGUUGCUGCAUGGCGUCCUACCGGUCGCAGGCCGCGGAGCCGCAAUUGCCCCCGCACAUGCCGGAGCUGGAGGAGGUCCCUGUGCCAGCGGAUGCGCAGGCAGAGUGGGAGAGAGCCGGCGGCCUGGAGCUCGACCGCGUGCUCGGCAGUGGAGCGGUCGUCCUGAUGGACGCGGAGUGGAUGGUGAGGCGAGCGCGCACUGGCGGCGUCCUCGAGCCGCGCCAGGCGUUGCCGCCGACGGCCUUCGUGCCCCACAGCGCCGUCAAGGCCGCCACGCCUGCCUCCGAAACCAUGUUGCGGCACAUCGCCUGCGUAUCACACUGCUGGCUGCAGGCGAACCACCCGGAUCCACGCGGGCAUAACCUGCGCAUCUUGGGUGAGGCCCUGCAGCUGCUUUCGGAUGCGUCGCUAUUCGCGUUCAGUGGCCGCUGGGGUGUAUUCAUGGUUUUCUGCUGCAUCCAUCAGAAAUGUAAGGACCGCGAGGGCGUUCCCCAGCAGCGCACCUAG